GUGUGCGCGCUUCCAUCCAGCAGCUCUGCCUCAUUCCACUCCACUCUCAUCUGCACAGAGGAAGCUGCAGCUCCAGAAUAAAAGCCUCAAAGAUAAAAGACACUCAGAAAAGAUAGAAAGAAAGACAGAAAGAGAGAAAAAGAAGAAGAAGAAGAGAGGAAAAAUGGUUAAAUUCGUGCGCCAGCACAGCGAGCAGCAGCUGCUCAAAGCGGAGGAGCUGCUGUCCGAGUCUGACGCGUCCGUGGACCCGCAGGAUUUCACAGACUAUUCCUUUUUCUACUCCAAAUGUGCCGCAAUGGACCAGAUCGGCACUUUUAUGCAGAACGUGCAGGUGCUGCUCGAUGCGGCGGAUUAUAUAGAGAAUGUGGAGAAGAACAGCGGAAAAUGUGAACAUGGUUAUGCUUCAUUAUAUCCUGAAGCCCAGUCUGCACAUCAACAGAAACAACGGAAAUUCAAAAACAGGAAACUGGACAAUAUUCACAAUAGGUCAGCACACAAUGAACUGGAGAAGAAUAGACGAGCACACCUCCGCCUGUGUUUGGAGAGGUUGAAGUCUCUCAUCCCUCUGGGACCAGACUGCAGUCGGCACACCACGCUGGGACUCCUCAACAAGGCCAAAGCACAUAUCAAGAAACUUGAAGAGGUGGACCGCAGGAGUCUGCACCAGCUGGAGAACUUAGAGCGAGAGCAGAGGCAUCUGCAGAGGCAGCUCUCCCAGCUCCAGACUCACGGAGAGAGGGUCCGCACAGACAGCCUGGACUCACGGACGUUCUCCAACCACUCAGAGUCUGACCGAGAGGAAAUUGAAGUGGAUGUGGAAAGCACUGAGUUCUCCCAUGGAGAAAUGGACAGCGUAAGCACCAGUGGUGCAAGUGACCUGGACGACCACAGCAGCCGGCAGAGCUCGGCCAGUGACGAGGGAUACUCCACGUGCAGUCUAAAACUGGCCUUCUCUGCCUGA